UGCCAUACCAGUGGCUUGGUCACUGUUUACCCUCCAGCCUCACAGUGUCGCUCUCAGAGGCGGGAUUUGUUUGCAUAGCUACGCCUAGAAACUCGAGGAGUCCAAUAGCUGCUGCAGAAACCUCGAGGGGGCGGGGGAAGUAGGCGUUGCUUGAAAGGAAUAGAGGGUGGGUUUAGGCUGUUUUUGCUACAUGUGGAUGUGAAAUGAUUAGAGUGCGACUUUGAUUGCAACGUAUUUUAUCGGCUGUGAAUGUGGUAUGCUGGCUGGGGACUGAUAGCGUGGGGUAGGGCGCUGGGUGGCAUGUCUGCUCUGCGCUGAGGUGUGUUUGCCUGGGAAUCCCGUUGUUGAGACACGAUCCAUCCAUUCAUCCGUUACAAGCUGGGGCAUUGCCUCUCGCACUGUGCAUUGGAAUAAAGGACAAGGUAAAUAGCCUUCUGACCAUGGAUUGCCAAGAAAAUGAGUACUGGGACCAAUGGGGACGGUGUGUUACCUGCCAACAGUGUGGUCCUGGACAGGAGCUCUCCAAGGAUUGUGGUUAUGGAGAGGGUGGUGACGCAUACUGCACAACCUGCCCCCCUCGCAGGUACAAAAGCAGCUGGGGCCACCACAGAUGUCAGACUUGCAUCACCUGUGCCGUCAUCAAUCGUGUUCAGAAGGCCAACUGCACAGCUACCUCUAAUGCUGUCUGUGGGGACUGUCUGCCCAGGUUCUACCGAAAGACACGCAUUGGAGGCCUGCAGGACCAAGAGUGCAUACCAUGCACAAAGCAGACCCCCACAUCUGAAGUUCAGUGUGCCUUCCAGUUGAGCUUAGUGAAGGCAGAUGUACCCACAGUGCCCCCUCAGGAGGCCACACUUGUUGCACUGGUGAGCAGUCUGCUAGUGGUGUUUACCCUGGCCUUCCUGGGGCUCCUCUUCCUCUACUGCAAGCAGUUCUUCAGCAGACAUUGCCAGCGUGUUGCAGGAGAUUCGCUGCAGUUUGAGAUUGAUGAAGCAGCAGAGGAGGAAUCGCUCUUCCCCAUGCCACCUGGCCAGGAGACCAACCCUGAGUCCACAGUGAGUGAGAGCACCUUUGAGACCCAGCCACUUAACCCCAUCCUGGAGGACGACUGCAGCUCGACUCGUGGCUUCCCCACACAGGAGUCCUUUACCAUGGCCUCCUGCGCCUCAGAGAGCCACUCCCACUGGGUCCACAACCCCAUUGAAUGCACAGAGCUGGACCUGCAAAAGUUUUCCAGCUCUGCCUCCUAUAUUGGAGCUGAGACGUUGGGGGAAAAAACAGCUGAAAGCUCUGGAGACAAGCUGGAGCUCAAUGCGCCCUUUGAAGUUCCCCACCCUCAGCACUACUGAGGUCUCUUGUGUUCCUGGCAGCCUUGCCCAGUUGUUCUCUCUGGAGUCUCUUGCCUUGUUUCUACACCACAACAGCAGCAAGAAUAUGGGAUGUGGUAUCCACAACAGCCAGUAUUCUACAGAUGGGGUAUAUUCUAUCCCAUACUAUCAGAGGAUUGAUUCGCCAGCAUUUUCCCAGGACUCACUUGCAGCAUAUCUCGCUUCCCUAUUCUGGUUUGGAGAGGCAGAUUACCUUGUCAUGGGAGUACAAGACAGGUUCCUAGCUAAACUUGAUUAUAGAGAAUAGGGGAGGAAAUGACAAUGAAUGGGGUAGAGUUUUUCUGCCUGCAUUUUUGGUCAGGUGAGCCUCUCAGGAACUCUAUUGAUACAUAUAACUAGCACUUUAAGGAAAAAAAUCAAAUCCUUCUCCCAUUUUAGCUUCUUCACACUGCCUCCCUCCCAACACACACAGACACACACAUACACACACAUUUUGGAGGAAGCCUGGUGCUAUGAUUCCCCAACUCAUGUCUUAGGUUUCUGUGACUGUAACAGCUCUGGAGCCAGCAAAUUUGCUAGGAUCUUCAUCCCCACAAAUAGGUCUCCACCCUUCUUUUGUGGGGAUUCAAAUUAAUGUCUUUUUGAUCUUUAAAAUAGUCCUUCCUAAGGGUUCCGUUCAUUUUUCUUUACCUUGUACUUUUGCCUCUUUUUUUUUCCUUCCUGAUUCCUGGUCUUCUAAAGCUCAAAAGUCAGUGUCUAUAUUCCCAGGACCAAAUCAGAGCUCAGAUAUUUGGUCUUUGGGAUGACAGUGAAGUUCCUGAGGUCUGGGAGGCAGAAGGGCACUGAGGACAUAAAAUUCUCACUGAGGCCUGGCCCUAGGGCAGCUCAGGGACCAUUUGGUGCUUUCUUAGUUUAGAGGAAACAAAUUAAUCUCUCGAGCCCUCACUGCCAAUUUCACAUGCUCCUCAGCAUGAAAUGGAACUGCUUUCUCCAUGGCUUUCUGGUGGAACAGGGCAAAUGACACUCUUGGGGCUCAGGUGUGAGCAUCAUGAGCUGAUUUUAAGUCUCCUCUUAUGUUCAUAAUGGGCCACUUGAGCUGAUAUCCACUCCCUCAUAGUAGGUCAGGUUUGGAAGAGAAAACUGCUCAGGUGAGUAGAGCACCUGGCUCCUUUGUUUGAAAGCAGCUUAUGUAGUCCAGAAUGUCGGGUGUGACUUAAUUUGUAAAAAACAAGACUGGAGACAGGGCACAAUUGACCUGGGUUAAGAAUGCUGGAAUCCACUACGUGUAUGGGUGCUGUACUUUACAUUUUGCAAUGUGCUUUCACAGGCAUCAUUUCAUUGGAUUUUUACAGAGACCCUGAUGUGGGCAAAGCAGAGAUUAUCAUCCCCAGUUUGCAGAUGAGGAACCUGAGACCCAGUGACAGAAAGUAAUUGGCCUUAAAUUACUCAGUGAUGCAGGAAUGAAUAGCAAGGCUAGGUAGGAUGCCUUCAGGAUCUCUUUAUUAUCUUGAAAUCUUCAUUUCUGGAAGACAGUGUUUUAGGGUAGGAGUAUUUUGGUUUUCCUGACAUAUCUGUUCCACAAACCAACUCUUUUUGGAAUGAAAAGGGGUAGAUAUAUAGACAAAACAGGCCUUGUGAAUGAGGCAAUAUCCUUACCCACCAUACAGAUCUCUUCCCUCCUGUUCCUUCCUCUCCCUACUGCCAGUUUGGUACUUUCUAUGCCAAGUCUUACCGCAGUGAGAAGCUAAGAGACUUUCCAUUCAGCACUGUCUCACAAGAGGUCAGAAAGUGAGAAGAGUUACAAGGCCAAACAGGACUCUUUCUUCCUCUCCAUCUUUUUUCACUCCUCAGGUGUGAAACAGGGGAUAAAGGCUGAAGCCAGUAGGACUAUCCAUCCUACUUGCCCCACCUCCCUUUCUCCUUUGUGCAAUUUAAGAGUCUCUGAUCUUAGUUUGGGAGACUUGAGGGUUUACCUUUAUUUAAAUGUGGAGGGGACAAUUCUCCUGUCUUUAAAAGAUUGUAAAUUAUUUGAGUGAAAAUGUCAGUAAUAACACUUUGUUGCUUUAUAGUUUAAAAAGGCUCAUUCAUAAAUUAUACCUAUUAUAAAAAUAAGGAAACUCAGGCCCAUAUAGUAGUGACUUACCGAAAGCAGUUCAUACUUGAGAAAGACAGCCUGUCCCACAUAACCACUCUGCCCAACUGUGGAUCCCAUGACUGAGAGUAGAAGCCAGGGAAAGACAGGUAGAGCAGAAAUACUCUUAGCUAUGGCAGAGAGAAAGGCAGGGGUAACAAAGGGCCCUGUUAUUUCUUUUCACUAGACACUGCCUAAAUGAUCUUUAAAAGGUCAAUAAGGAACAUCAUUAAGAGAUUGGUUAAGACAGCCCAUUCCCACCACUAGGAAAAGCAACUGGCCCCAUAGUUUAUUGAGUACUACUGAGGCAGCAGUGUAGUUGUACAUGAAAAAAUAACACAUGAUUUCAUCUGAGUCUCAGUCCAACUGGGACAAGAUGAAGGGUUUGGGGGGAUUUUUAUUUAUUUAUUUUUUGCUUUUCUCUCCCUCUAACUCUCACCCCCUACAGCUUAUAAGGUUUCUUCUGCCUUCUUCCAGGUUCUCCUAGGCUCACUGCACUCCCUGGAUCAGCUGGAGGGUCUUGUGCAUGUUUGAAGAGCAAUGGUUCUAAGUUGCAGCAUAGGGCAGAGCAAGCAAUUUCCCUUGGGAUUUCCUAGGCCUUAUCCUAUAUCUGAGGUGAUAUAACUCUCCACCCCCACAAGGAAAAGGACUAAAGUGUGCCCUCUUGGAACCUUACAGAAUAUUUCUGAGCCAAAGUAAUCUUCCUUCCAGGGCCUGGGAUUCCCAAACUACCUCCCAACAGUCCCCCAAAAGACAUCCCCCAAACCAUUUAGAGGUGGCUGAGAGUAGAGAGGAAAGUGGUCUUGCUACAUCUUUCUAUUGACAUGUCAGUUGGAUCCCAGCUCUCCCACCAUCCCUUUUUCUUUGAUUCUUUGUAAACAGUCUUUUUGCCUUUAGCCCACACCUAUACAUCUCAUGGCCAGAGAAAAACAAGCUCCUUAUAGGCUGUAUUCUUCUUUAUUAUCUCAGGAUCUUUCUGAAGCAUGUACAGUUAGUUCCUGGCCCACAGGUACUUAGUGGUUAAUUAAGUACAUUAGGCAGAAUUCACUUCAUCACCAGGUCCUAGGCCUGAUAAAGGAGUGCUCUCUACACCAAGAUUUCUGCUUUUAGUAUUUUAUUAAAUGCCUCGUAAGCACUGAUUAAGGGCCCCUAGGGUAACCCAUUGAUCAAGGUGCUAAAAGCACCUGGGAAAAAGCCAAAAGGUCCCUUUGUACUGGACUGGAGAUGAGAAGCAAUUGAAUUACAAGACAACCAAGCAGCCUGGCCUCACACAGGUAUUACCAAAUAUGUGGGAGCCAAGGUUUUAGGCUUUAGCCUUCAGGCUCUCUGCUCUUUUUUUUUUUUUUUUUUUGCCCCCUGGGACAGUUUAUUCUUAUCUCACUUACCUUUUUAGUUAUGUCUGCACCUUCUGGUAGGGAAUGAACUAGUACCCAAACAAAGGGUGAUUCAGCUUGAACAGACCCCAAUUAUUCAAAGGUCACCAUGUGCCUGGCAGUGGUUCAAGCCCAAGUCUAACACUGCUACUCUGUGGGAAAGAUAGUGAUUGCAACACAAUAAUAAUAACAAUAAUAUGAUAAAGUGACACAGUCACACCUCUUCACUGUGCCUUCUCAUGGCAUGAACAUUGAUUGUAUGACCAUCCCAAGCCAUACCCAGAAUCACGUUGGUUCCAACUUUCUCAAGUUUAACGACUGGAGUUGGCAAUGGGAGGACAAUGAAGUUUUGUUUUGCUUUGCUUUUUAAAGUAUUUUGGGUAGAGAUGAAGUGAAGGAUGCUUUCCUUUUUUAUAAUUACUGUUUGUCCAUGGCAAAUGUCAUAUUCAAGUGUUUGCACCAGGAUAGUAUUUCAAAGAUUUCCAUUUCAUUGCUUUUAAAGUGAGGGCAUCUUUGAUUGAGCACUGUACUUUUAUGUGUUGCCUCUACUUGGAGGAUAUUGGCCAGUGGAAGCACAAAGUACACUUGAUAGAAACAUUUUCAAUAUACUCUUAAGCCUAGAAAAUACUUGAGUUGUCCAUAUUUGAACUGGCAAACAAAGUUAUUUAUAAGGGAGGGGAAGUGUUUGCUGGGAAUGAGUUGUGUUUUUUGGUUCACUGUUUUCCUCUCCAUACACCUGGACUUGGAUUUUAACAGGAGGAGUCUGGGAGAGCAACUUUCCCCAGGGUUCUCAGAUCCAGGCUAGAUAAGGGGAUCAAAACUAUAAUACCCCCCUCCCCAACACAUAGCCCUCCCAUGCUGAGAUGAUAAUCUCUCCUGUCCUCCUUCUGCUUCCCUCUCUGCCUCACUACUUAGGUCUUUAGUGUUUUGCAUUGAAUGUAGGUACAUUUUAAUUAUCUAUUUUUCCUCAUAAAUGGGUUAUUUAUAGGUAUUUUAUUAAAUCUUGAGCCAUAUGCAUGUGUGGAUACUAGAUGGGUUGUGAUUUUGGUUUAUGAUGCUCUGCAAACAUUUCGUAUUAGCCAAUAAACAGGAAUACAUACAAAUACCUUGUUUAUUUCCCUCCUUUCAGAGAACUAGGGUUCCUCAUUUGGUUGGUGUAUCUUUACUCACUGAAUACAGCAAGGAAAUGUGUUUCUGAUUAUUGGAUGUAGCACCAGUGGUGAUCACAGUCACUGACUUGACACCCAGGAGAUCUGGGUUGUAGUCUAAGCUCUCUUUUUAUUUUUUAAAUUGUUUAUUUUUGUAUACUUUAUUUCAAAAUAUUAAGGGGGUACAAAUGUUUUAGGUUACAUACAUCACAUUUGUAAUGCUUGAGUCCCAGCUAUACAUUUAGAUUCUCAACUGGCUGCAGAUGUACUAGAAACUGUUGUGUUCUGAACUAACACUUCUAGACAGGGUCCCAUGGCCCCAAGAGGACUAUGCAUACGUCCUCUGAGGUCUACAAAAUCUCUCGAAGUUUAUAAGUGUGUGUGUGAGUGCUUUCAUUUUGAUCAUAAUUUUAAAAAAAUACAAGCAUAUUCAAGCUAGACCAUCUGGAUGAUUACCCAUUAAGAGCACUGCCUUGCCAAUUCAGGGUCUAUAUUUGCGUUUUACAAUCUCAUUGAAUUAAAGGCACCACCUAAAGAGAAAUCAUUGUGAAUGCUGUGCUUUACUAUAAUUUUAUUUAAUAGCUGGGCAUAUAAAGUUUCUUCCCAUUUUCAUUUUCAUUUUUUUAUUUCAG